AUGGGUCUCUACGGAUUCUUUGUGUCCGCUCCGCUGUCACACUACCUUGUCGGUGCUCUGCAGGCUGCCUUCAAGGGAAAGAAGGGGAUCCAAUGGAAGCUGGCUCAGAUUCUCACAUCUCUGCUGACUGUGACUCCCAUCACAUCCACCGUGUUCCUGGUGUUCAUGUCCAUCUUUGCUGGCGCUCGGGACGUCAAGUCCGUCAUUGCUUCGCUCAAGGUGUCUCUGUUGCCCGUACUGCGAUCUUCUUGGGUGGCUUCUCCUAUCGUGCUGGCUAUUGCUCAGGCCUUUAUUCCCGAGCACGCUUGGGUUCCCUUUUUCUCUCUCUUUUCUUUCCUGCUGGGAACCUACAACAACUACAUUGUCAAGAAGAAGCGACGGCUUUUGCGGGAGGGCAAGAAGGACGACAAGUUGCAGUAA